CCUGCGCGUCGCCGCCGGCCGGGGAGGAGGCGGCGAGGAGGACGAGCCGCAGGCGCCGCCUUCCCGCGCCGCGCGCCCUCGCCGUUGUCUGCGCUCCGGCUCUGGACCAGUUUGGGGAAGUUGCCAGGGCCCCGCGUCGUCCAGAUGUGCGACCUCAUCGAGCCGCAGCCGGCCGAAAAGAUCGGCAAGAUGAAGAAGUUGCGGAGAACUUUGUCGGAGAGUUUCAGCCGCAUCGCCCUGAAGAAAGACGAUGCCGCGUUUGAUGAGAUAUGUGUCACAAAGAUGUCUACACGGAACUGCCAGGGAAUGGACUCUGUGAUCAAACCCCUGGACACAAUUCCUGAGGACAAAAAAGUCAGGGUUCAGAGGACACAGAGCACUUUCGACCCCUUCGAGAAACCUACGAAUCAAGUGAAGAGGGUGCAUUCCGAGAACAAUGCUUGCAUUAACUUCAAGUCCUCCUCUGCCGGCAAGGAGUCUCCGAAAGUUAGGCGGCACUCCAGCCCCAGCUCGCCAACAAGUCCCAAAUUUGGAAAAGCUGACUCAUACGAAAAACUGGAAAAGCUAGGGGAAGGAUCGUAUGCUACAGUGUACAAAGGGAAAAGCAAAGUGAAUGGGAAGUUGGUAGCCCUGAAGGUGAUAAGGCUGCAGGAGGAAGAAGGUACGCCUUUCACGGCCAUCAGGGAAGCUUCUCUGUUAAAAGGACUAAAGCAUGCCAACAUAGUGCUGCUUCAUGACAUCAUCCAUACCAAGGAGACACUGACACUUGUGUUUGAAUAUGUGCACACUGAUUUAUGUCAGUACAUGGACAAGCACCCUGGGGGGCUGCAUCCAGAGAAUGUGAAGCUGUUUUUGUUUCAGUUGCUGCGAGGGCUGUCUUAUAUCCACCAGCGUUAUAUUUUGCACAGAGACCUGAAACCGCAGAACCUGCUCAUCAGUGACACGGGGGAGUUAAAGCUGGCAGAUUUCGGUCUUGCAAGAGCGAAAUCCGUGCCUAGCCACACAUACUCGAACGAAGUGGUUACCCUGUGGUACAGGCCUCCAGACGUCCUCCUGGGCUCCACAGAAUACUCCACCUGCCUUGACAUGUGGGGCGUCGGCUGCAUCUUUGUUGAAAUGAUCCAAGGAGUUGCUGCUUUUCCAGGAAUGAAAGACAUUCAGGAUCAACUGGAACGGAUAUUUCUGGUCCUUGGCACUCCAAAUGAGGACACGUGGCCCGGAGUUCAUGCUUUGCCGCAUUUUAAGCCAGAACGCUUCACCCUGUACAGCUCCAAAAACCUUAGACAAGCAUGGAAUAAGCUCAGCUACGUGAAUCAUGCGGAAGAUCUGGCCUCCAAACUCCUCCAGUGUUCCCCAAAGAACAGGCUAUCUGCACAAGCCGCCUUGAGCCACGAGUAUUUCAGUGACCUGCCCCCGCGGCUAUGGGAACUGACCGACAUGUCUUCUGUUUUUACCGUCCCAAAUGUGAGAUUGCAACCAGAGUCUGGAGAGAGCAUGCGGGCCUUUGGGAAAAACAAUAGUUUUGGGAAAAGUCUAUCCAACAGCAAACACUGAGCAACAUGGCAGCCCCAAGAGAGUGCAGGAUUAAGCUGUCAUCAUUCUGGGAGGAAAAAUAAAACACAUUAAUGAAGUGGCCAAUCACACGAAGGGAACAGAGAUGAGCUUCCUUCCGUUCCCUGUGGGGGAUUUCACUCGCGAGAACAUUGAAGCUGGCAAGACCCUGUUUUCUCUGCAGUUUAUUUAAAACCUUGCACGCAUCUGGAUACCUUGUGAUUCCCAAGCACUAUGUGAAGAUUAAGCUUUGCUUACUGAUACGUGGCAUGUAUUCUUUUCAGUCUUUUGUGUUUGAUUCUGUUUGAUUUCCCUCUGCAGUGCGCAGCGUCUCCGUAAAGGCUUCUUUGCCUUCACCAGCCAUGUCUUAAACACAUCCAGACAACACAGCCGCUGUUCGCACUUCCCCAGCAACGUCUGCACUUGAAAGCACGCAGUGGCAUAAAACAAGGUGCCACGCUCGUCUGCUCUGAGAGCACUGCACGUCUCGGCAACCGCUAGGAAGGAAAGUUUUCACUAAAGCAAACCCAAGUUCUCUGGCUGACUUGGUAGUCUGGUCCCUGAGUCUGGGACUCGCACCUGUCAUACCUUUUGAGGACAUCUGCCAAGGUGAUCUAUCUUGGAAGUCAUUGCACAUUUACAUAGGCUGUCAGAAUGUACUCUGCCUUUUCACACUACGCAGCAUGAUUGUUUUCUGAGUAGUCUGGAAAGUGGACUAACACUGAGCAUUGAGAACAGACAGGGAAAAACUGCUUACUCUCCCACCUAAGGAAGUGGAGGCCACGUGUUGUGUUGUGUGUAUGUGUGUUCUGUGUCUGGUCAACAUCUUAUUUUCCCCAUCCACUGUUACACUGUGUUAUUUUUAAAAGAGAAAGGAUUAAGGAACAGAGUUUAAAACUCGGGCACAAGCCAGCUGAACCUUCUAGAUGUCCUGAAAGCAGUUUUGGCUGAUUAAUGCUUAAAAAGGAUCGUCCAGAGUUCAAACUUCGCGGGGUUACAACCAAGCACCUCACUAAAAUUUCUUCAAAAACAAACGACCACCACAUCCCAAGCUGACUGAAGACACCCUCUGGUGCUGGCCUUCCACAGUCUCCGGGAAAACUGCACGUGCAGGUUUUGGAAACAAUAUAGGGAUCUUGCUGGAAGGUUGGCAGCAUGAGAAAGUAAGGCGCAGCUUCCCUCAUCUAAGAAAUUAAGGGACCCUGGAGGGAAGGUAGACAGGCCGGGUCUGGUGCCUGGAUCUGGAGGGAGAGCUGCUUGGUGCUGGAGGACUCCCCACAAAACCACCACCUCGCUAAGCCCCAGCAGCACCAGGCCAAGUGAGUGGCUAGAGCAGUCAUUUGAGGCACAGAGCCUGGCUCCUCUGGACAGACUCCUGUGCAAGCACCUUGUGUAUGCUGUUCCUUUAUUAGUUUUUUAAAGAGAAAAGGGAAAUCCAAGAGCUUGGGAUGUGCCCUACUUUUUAAGAAGAUGGAAACUUGUGAUCCAGUCGACAGGACUUUGUGUGACUGCUGGGUAAGAGGAAAGCCAUCUUCCAACCGAGUGUGCUUCUGGGAAAGCAGACCGGGAUCCCUGCCCUGGAGAGCGGCUGGGUUUCUGGAGC